AUGCCAGAAACACGCUCAAUGGCCAACGGCAACGGAGCCACCGUCAGGAGCAGGCAACCACCAAAAGAGGAAGCGGAAGAGAACAUCUUUCUUUUCUAUCCUAAUUUAAUUGGUUACGGCCGCGUCCUCCUCGCCGUCGCUUCCCUCUACUACAUGCCGCUGCAUCCCCGCACAUGCGCAACCGCAUACAGCAUUUCCUGCCUCCUUGAUGCUCUCGACGGGAUUGCCGCGCGCCACUUCGAACAAUCCACCAAGUUUGGUGCGGUCCUCGACAUGGUGACGGACCGCUGCACGACCUCGUGUUUGCUCGUCUUCUUGGCGAGUGCCUUCCCGCGCUGGAGCAUCGUCUUCCAGAUUCUGAUUUCCCUUGACCUAGCGAGCCACUAUAUGCAUAUGUAUGCGACCCUAAGCAUGGGCGGAAGCAACCAAAGUCAUAAGAAGAUCGAUGAGACGAGGAGUUGGGUAUUGAAAAUGUACUAUUCGAACAACAAAGUUCUUUUCACCUUCUGCCUGUUCAACGAGCUGUUCUUCAUCGCGCUCUACCUCCUCUCUUUCUCCUCGCCGUACCUUUCGCCUACGCUCUUGAAGGACCCCCAGGCCCCGUCCUCACUAAACGUCGGAACACCUGCGUUGCCGAAGCCGUCUAUGAUCUUUACGAGCCCCUGGUCGGCGGGUGCCAUGGAAAUGGCGAGAGCCAACAAAAUGGACUCAACCGUUCCGUGGAUUCUUUGCAUCGCAUCGUUUCCCAUCAUGUUUGGCAAGCAGGUGAUCAACGUGGUACAGCUUGUCAAAGCCAGCAAGUGGCUCGCUGAAGGUGACCGAGCAGAGAGGAAGAGGUUGGGCCUCCCGCGCCGUGGCUCGAAGAAGACGCAGUAA